AUGUACGAGCCAGCGAACGGCUACCGCCCUGGCGGAUUCCACCCCGUCCUAAUCGGUGACGUCCUAAAUGGGCAUUUCAAAGUGGCCAACAAGCUAGGGUUCAGCACAAAAGCAACCGUGGGGCUUUGUAGGGAUCUGGCAUCGGGUGAAUGGCGGGCUAUCAAGAUCUAUGCUGCCGAAUCAUCCCACGAGAAUCUUGCCAGCGCGAAAGCUCAGGCAACCUUACAUCUAACCGCCUCACUCGAGCACUUCUGGGUUGUCGGGCCCAACGGCCGCCAUCUAUGCGCCGUCCAGCGCCUAGUGGGGCCCUCGAUAGCGUUGGCACCCUACCAUUACGGAGAGCGGCCCUUGUUCCUCGGAGAUCUCUGCCGACAGAUGGCCACGGCGGUGAGCUCGUUCCAUAAACAAGGGCUUUACCACGGCCGCCUUCACCCCGACAAUAUCCGAUUUGUGGUUGACGACACCAUCCACGAGUUGACCGAAGAGAAAAUGAACAGGGUGAUCGACUAUCCGUAUACCUCUGAAGGCUCAGCCGACCUUAUCAACAAGGACGCCAACCUCUCCCUGUCCGCUAACGUACCCAAAUACCUCGUCUCCCCGGCCGCGCUCGACUUCUCAGGCAGCCGUCUGAGUGACAGCGACGACGACGACUACCGCGGACCGUACGUCACGCCCUUCAUCGCCCUCGCCGACCUCGACGCCUGCACCCAGCACCCCCCCAACAACAAUACCACCACCACCACCCCCACCACCCCCGCUCCCCCCUUCAAACCCACCCUCCACCCCAGCAGCUACACCCCCCCGGAAACCUGGGCCACCACCCUCUCCCCCAACCCCCUCCUCACCACGUCCACCGACACCCACCCCACCACCCCUUCCCCGCCACCCUCGCCGCCGCCGCCGAACAUCUGGGCCCUCGCGGUGGGCAUGUACGCCACGGUCUGCGCCACCGAAGUGGUUCGGCGACGUCGGCGAGCACGUGAUUUCCUGCGUGACGGCCUGCUUGGGCAAGGCGCCAGGGCGAGGCGGUUACGUGGUGGAGGGGCAGUGGGGCGGUGCCGGAGGGGGCGUUUGAGGAGCCGCUGGUGA